CAGAAGAUCCACAAGUCUCGAUCUUGUCUCGUUUUCUCGCGACAAUGGGUCAUUCCGUGAUCAAGGUGUACAGUCGACACCGAAAAUUUGGAGGGUACACCAGCCUGGGUUGUUGGAGGGACUCUGAUACCCGCGCCAUUCCGAUUCUAGAGGGGACAGAUUCGCUCUUGGAUGGUGACUACCAGAGCCGUCAUCACGCCAUCCAGAAGUGUUACCAGGUAGCACUGUCUCGUGGCUUCCCCAUGUUUUCUGUACAGGACGGUGGGCAGUGUUUCGGGUCUGCUGAUGGCCUCAACACUUACAACAGGUACGGACCUACUACAACCUGCGCAGAGGACGGCGAAGGCGGGGCUUGGGGAAAUGAGGUCUACAAGAUUACAGGGUAGUCGGAAUUCAGAUCAGAACACCAACUGCUGGAAAUGGAAAGUAAUGAUUGGACUCGUGUGUUCCUAAAUGUAAUUAUUCAAUGUGGCC